CUCUGGUCUGUACAGUCGGACUCUGAUCGGGCUCUGGUCGGUGCUGAGGGUGCUGGUGUUCCUGAGGGUGCUGAGGGUGCUGGUGUUCCUGAGGGUGCUGACGUUUCUGACGGUCCUGAUGGUGCGGAUGCAGCAGAACUGAACUUCGUGGACCAGGAUCUUCCAGCAUGAGGAGCAGAGCCGGUUUCCUCGGCCUCAUCGCAGCCGCCUGCUUCUGCGGCGUCGCUGCUCAGAGCUCAGAGUGUGAAAACGCCACGGUGGCCGACAUCGUCUUCCUGGUCGACGGCUCCGACAGCAUCGGCGCCGAGAACUUUGGGGAAGUCCGAACUUUCCUCCGCAACAUCAUCCAGGGCCUGGACAUCGGCGCCAAGAAGGUCCAGAUCGGCCUGGCGCAGUACGGCUACGAGACGCACCCGGAGUUCCUGCUGAGGAGCCACUCGGACAGGAAGUCCCUGCUGGCGGCGGUGGAGCAGCUGCCCUACCGCGGCGGCGGCACGCAGACGGGGAAGGCGCUGAACUUCCUGCGGGAGGAAUACUUCACGGCCGUCGCCGGCAGCCGGGUCGGCCAGCGGGUGCCCCAGAUCGCCGUGGUAUUGACGGACGGGGAGUCCCUGGACGAGGUGGAGACCGCCGCGCUGCUCCUGCGGCGGCACGGCGUCACCAUGUUCGGCGUGGGCGUGGGCGAGUACAACCGGACGCAGCUGCGCUCCAUCGCCAGCUGGCCCCACGAGCAGUUCCUCUACACCAUGGAGAACUUCCAGGCCCUGCAGGCCAUGGCGGGAACGCUGCUGGAGAACGUGUGCAGCUCCAUGGAGGGCCAGAGACAAGCGCUGGCCGACCCGUUUGCAGACACCUUCUUCCUGGUGGACAGCGGUUUGUCGCCGCGACAGUUCGCCCAGUUCCGGAGCGAGCUCCAAAAGCUGAUCGGCCAGAUGGAUUCGGUGGGCCGGUCCGGCUACCGCUUCGGCUUGGCCCAGUACGGGGAACGGGUCAAGGUGGACUUCCGCCUGGACUCCCACGACACCAAAGCGCAGGUCAUGAAGGCCGUGAAGGGUUUCAGGCUGGACUCGGAGUCCAAGCAGCCGUCCAACCUGGGCGCCGCUCUGGAGUUCGCCGCCCGGAACUUCUUCGGGCCGGAGGUCGGCGGCCGCGCGCACCGGGGGGCCCGGCAGUUCCUGUACGUGGUUCUGGGGAAGGAGUCGGACGAUUCGGUGUUCUGGGCGGCCAAAGAUGUCCUGGCAACGGGAGUGGAGCUGGGCCGGUUUGGACCAAGGGGCCCGGCGGGGCCGGGGGGCCCGGCGGGGCCGGGGGGGCCGGGACUGCCGGGAAUACUGGAGGAUAUCCUCGCCUACCAAAUAGACGCACAUGUCAAAGACAAGCGUCUGUUUCACGACUUCAAAAUAAGCAAACUGCUGAACGUCAGUACCAGCGUUCAGACGGACACGGUGGGGGCGUUUGACACGAUGAAGACGAUGGAUCCGAUGGUCGCUGAAGAUUGCAAAGGCGCCAACGUGGCAGACGUGGUGUUCAUCGUGGACGAGUCCGGCAGCAUUCAGAGCAGCAACUUCCAGCUGAUCCGUAACUUCCUGGAGUCGGUGGUGACGAGCCUGGACGUGGGUCUGAACCGGGUCAGGGUGGGCAUCGUGACCUACAGCACCACGCCCAUGGCCCGGCUCCACCUCGACUCCGUCAAGUACAAGAGCGACAUCCUGAACUUCAUCCGGACCCUCCCGUACCGGCGGGGCGGCACCAGAACCGGGGCCGCCCUGGACUUCGCCCUGGAGCAGGUCAUCAACAGGAAGGGCGGCAGGAAGGGCGUCCAGAAAGUGGCCGUCGUCAUCACGGACGGGAAGUCCGAGGACGCCGUGAGCGACAAGGCCAGCGCUCUGCGGCGCGCCGGCGUCACCGUCUACGCCAUCGGCAUCAAGGACGCCAACAGGACGGAGAUGGUGGAGAUGGCGUCGGAGCCGUCGUCCCGGUACGUGUUCGGCCUGGACGACUUCGUCCAGCUGAAGCCGCUGGUGCACGACCUGCAGAAGAGUCUCUGCACCGUCAUCAUCGACGGAGCCGUCCCCGACACCGACGUCAAGGAAGCAUGCACCCAGAAAGACGAGUCCGACAUCUUCUUCCUGAUCGACGACUCCGGGAGCAUCGGAAACGCCGACUUCGACGACAUGAAGGCUUUCAUCAACGCGUUCAUCCGCAUGUUCCGCGUGGGGCCGCACCACGUCCGCCUGGGCCUGGCCAAGUACUCGGACUCCCCGACGCUGGAGUUCGACCUGACCAAGUUCUCCAGCGCUAGCGAGAUGGAGACGGCGGUGAACGCCACGGAGCACAAGGGCGGGGGGACGAACACGGGCCGGGCGCUGGCCUUCAUGGAGCAGCACUUCCAGCGCGCGGCGGCGCGGCGCGUCCCCGCGUACCUGAUCGUCAUCACGGACGGGGAGUCCCAGGACAAGGUGAAGGCCCCGGCCGCGACGCUGCGGCGGCAGGGCAUCGACAUCCUGGCCAUCGGCGUCAAGGCCUCCAACCGCACGCAGCUGCUGGAGAUCGCCGGCAACGCCAGCAAGGUCUUCUCCGUCAACAACUUCGACGGCCUCAAGCACAAACUCGACGACCUUUUCAGGGAAAUCUGCGCUCCGGAGGUCUGCAAGGACGUCCCCAGCGACAUCAUCUUCCUGACCGACAGCUCCGAGAUAAUCUCCGAGAAAGAUUACGUGAAAAUGAAAGCGUUCAUGAAAUCCGUCAUCGGCAAGUCGGUGGUGGGUUUGGACAACGUGCACGUGGGGGUGAUGCAGUUCAGCACCAACCCGCACCUGGAGUUCCCUCUGGACCGGCACCGCUCCAAGCAGGAGAUGUUCGGAGCCAUCGACCGGAUGGAGCGGAUGAACGGACGCACCUUCACCGGGAAGGGCUUGGCCGCCGCGGCGCCGCUCUUCGACGCCGCGGCGGGGGGCCGGCCGGCGCUGAGCCAGAUCCUGGUGGUGCUGACGUACGGCAAGGCCGAGGAUCGGGUCAAGGGCCCGGCCGACGCCCUGAGGGCCAAAGGAGUGACGGUUUACACCGUCGGGGUGUUCGACGCCAACCAGGCCCAGCUGCUGGAGAUCGGAGGAUCGCUGAGCAACGUCUUCAACCGGGAGAACGUGGACGCGCUGGAGGAUCUGGACAGCACGCUGGCGCUGAAGUUCUGCGACCCGCAAAGAGACUGUAAGAAGUCGGACAAAGCCGACAUCAUCUUCCUGGUGGACGGAUCCAGCAGCAUCAGUGAUGAAGAGUUCCAGAGCAUGCAGACGUUCAUGAGCUCGGUGGUGAACCGGACCACGGUGGGCCCGGACGAGACCCGCUUCGGGGUCAUCCUCUACUCCACCGAGGUCGAGCUGCAGUUCCAGCUGGACCAGUUCAAGUCCCGGGGCGAGGUCCUGCAGGCGGUGCAGGGGCUGAAGGCUCCGACCGGAGACACCUACACCUCCAAGGCCCUCAAGUUCUCCCUGAAGUUCUUCGACAAGGCGCAGGGCGGGCGGCGGCAGCUCAAGGUGCCCCAGAUCCUCAUGGUGGUGACGGACGGCGACGCCACCGACCACCACGGCCUGAAGGAGGCGUCGGACGCGCUGCGGGGCAACGACGUCAGCGUGUUCAGCAUCGGCGUGAAGGACGCCAUCCUGGAGCAGCUGGAGACGAUGGCCGGGGGGGACACGUCCAAGGUCUUCCAGGUGGACAGCUUCAAGGAGCUGGAGACGCUGUACAAGAACAUGUCCCUGGAGGUCUGCAACACCACCAAACCAGACUGCAUCCAGACAGACCUGGUGUUCCUGCUGGACUUCUCCGGCAGCAUCGACCAGACGGAGCACCAGAUCAUGGUGAACUUCACGGCCGACGUGGUGGCCAGCCUCCCGUUGGGGGACAAGUUCGUCCGCGUGGGCCUGGCGCAGUUCAGCGACCGCUUCCAGCACGAGUUCCACCUGAACACCUACGACACGCCGGAGCAGCUGGACCAGCACAUCCGCGGGGCCAGCUACGCGGGCGGGAACACCUUCCUGGGGGCGGCGCUGAGCAAGAUCCGCGGCUACUUCCUCCCGUCGGCCGGCGCCCGCGGCGGCACGCCCAAGACGCUGGUGGUCGUCAGCGACGGCGACUCCCACGACGACGUGGAGGACGCGGCGGACGAGCUGCGGGCGGCCGGCGUGAACGUGCUGGCCGUCGGCGUGGGCGACGUCUACGACCUGCAGCUGCUGCAGAUCACCGGCACGCCGGAGAAACUCUUCACCGUCAAGAACUUCAGGGAGCUGGCCGGCAUCAAGGGCAAGCUGGUGGAGGACGUGUGCAAGGAGCCGGCCGGGCGGCCCUACGACUGCCAGGUGGACGUGGCCGUGGCCUUCGACGUGUCCCGGCUGGGCGUCCCCGGGGAGACGCUGCGGCGCCACGUCCCGGUCCUGGGGGACGUGGUCCGGUACGUGUCCUCCCCGGACGGGCUGUGCUGCACGGCCAUGGACCCGGUCGGCAUCGGCUUCUACGGCCUGGACGGGUCCGGCCGGUCCGUGUUCGACGCCAGCUUUGAGCCCUACGACCCACACCUGGUCCAGAAGGUCCUGGGGACGCCCUGGUCCCGGUCCACGUCCUUCAACUCCUCCCUGAUCCGGUUCCUGGGGGACGAGUUCAGGACCAAGUCUCAAGCUAGAGUCAAGGUGCUGCUGAUUUUCUCCGACGGGCUGGACGAGGACGUGAUGGUUUUGGAGCAGGAGACGGAGCUGCUGCGGCAGUCUGGCGUCAGUGCUCUCCUCACGGUGGCGCUGGAGGGCUCCGACCCCCACCAGCUUCUCUCCCUGGAGUUCGGCCGGCGCUUCGGAUACAAGGAUUCCCUCUCCAUCAGCACGCCGGGAAUCAGCAGCCGCAUCCUGCAGCAGAUCAGCUCCGUGGCUGAACGUGUUUGCUGCAACGUCAUGUGUAAAUGUUCCGGAUACGAAGGGAAUCCCGGUGGUCGUGGUGGACCCGGAACCAAGGGCCCGUUUGGACUGGACGGCCGGCCCGGGUUCCCUGGAGACGAAGGCGUCCCCGGCGACCGAGGUUCUCCAGGACCGUCUGGACCUCCGGGCCUGGAGGGAUGUUCUGGUACCAGAGGACAGAAGGGAUCCCGAGGUUCCUCCGGUGACAGGGGAGAAGACGGACCGGACGGGCUGGACGGGGUCGACGGAGAACAGGGAGAGACGGGUCGCCACGGCGUUCGGGGGGAGCGAGGACCAGCCGGUAGACCGGGAAUCCCCGGGAUCAGAGGGGAGGACGGACACGCAGGAGGACGAGGACUCAGAGGAGAUCCGGGGGAACCCGGAACCGCCAACACCAGCCCUGGACCCAAGGGAGAACCGGGGAACCCGGGCUUCACGGGAGAAGCUGGAGAGGACGGGAAGGAGGGCGGAUCCGGAGAACUGGGAGACCAGGGUCUGGACGGGAGACGAGGACCCACCGGAGAUCAGGGGAAACCUGGAAGUCCUGGAUCUCCAGGACCAGCGGGAGUCCCGGGGGCUGCUGGUGCUCAGGGGCCGAGAGGACCCGACGGGGAACCCGGACCGAGGGGAGUGCCCGGUUUCUCUGGACUGCAGGGUCAACCAGGAAAAGUUGGAGACCCGGGAAAACCUGGAGGUCGUGGCGCCAACGGACCCAAGGGCCAACCAGGAGAGCCGGGCGUGAGGGGAACCCGGGGGCCACCAGGACUACGAGGACUGCCGGGCGACGAUGGCUCCGACGGUUUUGGACCCAAGGGGCCCAAAGGUGCCAAGGGAGACCCGGGUUUCCUGGGGCGUCCCGGUCCACGGGGUGAAGAAGGUCCGGCGGGAUCCAAAGGAUACCCGGGAAAGAGAGGGAACCCGGGUCGAGGGGGAAACUCGGGUCGGUCCGGGGAACCCGGGGUGCCUGGAGAACCAGGAUUCCCGGGACACGUGGGGUUCAAAGGUCCUCCCGGCAGCAGGAACACCAGCGAGUGCCAGCUGAUCUCCUUCAUCAGGGACAACUGCGCCUGUUCCCAGGGUCUGUCGGCGUGCCCCGCCUACCCCACCGAGCUGGUCUUCGGUCUGGACAUGUCCAGCGACGUGACUCCGUCCGGGUUUGAGCGGCAGCGCGCCGCACUCCUCGCCCUGCUGGACGACAUCACCGUCGCCGAGAGCAACUGCCCGACCGGGGCCCGCGUCGCCGUGGUGAUGUUCAACACCCAGGCCCAGUACCUGAUCCGGUUCCACGAGCACCGGCGCAAGGCGGAGCUGGUCCGGGCCGUGCAGGGCGUCACCCUGGAGCAGACCCGGAAGCAGCGCCGCCUCGGCGCCGCCAUGCGCUUCGUGGGCCGGAACAUGUUCAAGCGGGUCCGGGCCGGGAUGCGGGUCCGGAAGGUGGCCGUGUUCUUCUCCGGCGGGCCGUCCGAGGACACGGAGGACAUCCUGGCCGCCACCAUGGAGUACCGGGCCCUGGACAUCGUCCCGGCCGUCAUCUCUCUGGAGAAAGCUGCCAAGGUCCGGCAGGCACUGGAGGCCGACGACUCGGGGAACGCCAUCUUCACGGUUCUGGAGGGGAAGAAGAAACUGGCCGUGGAACUGAGGAAGGUCAAGAACUGCGCAGUGUGUUACGACCCCUGCUCGCGCCCGGAGGAGUGCUCCUUCAUCCAGAAGGUGGAGCAGCCCCAGCAGGUGGACCUGGACCUGGUCCUGGUCCUGGACGGGUCCAGGGAGGUCCAGGCGGACGAGUACGCCGGCACGCAGCAGCUGCUGGGGUCGGUGGUGGAGCGGCUGGCCGUCGGCCCCUUGAGCAGCCGGCCGGGGAACCGGGCCCGGGUGGCGGCGGUCCAGCAGGGCUCCGGCCAGACCACCAAGCUGGAGUUCAACCUGCAGCGGUACCAGAGGCAGGAGCAGGUGAGGGAGCACCUGCUGGUGAACACGCGGCAGCAGGGCGGCGCCGCGGCGCUGGGCCGGACGCUGGACUUCGCCCUGAAGGAGGUGCUGCUGAAGGCCGGCGGGCCGCCGCGCCGCAGGAAGGCCAUGCUAGCCGUGGUGGGCGCCGAGACGGCCUACGGGGACCGGGCCCGGCUGCGCUACGUCUCCCAGAAGGCCAAGUGCGACGGCGUGGCCAUGUUCGUGGUGACGGUGGGCGACCGCUACAACCGGACGCAGGUGGAGGAGCUGGCCAGUCCGCCGGUGCAGCAGCACCUGGUGCACCUGGGCCGGCUGAGGCCGGAGGAGCAGGGCUACGCCCACCGCUUCUUCAGGGUCUUCCUCUCCGCCCUGCAGAAGGGAAUGAACUCGUAUCCUCCACCCACCCUGAAGGCCGACUGCAGUCGCCUGACGGAGCCGGAUGACGUCUUAACCUCCACGCCUCCACCACAGGGUCAGAGCCCUAUAUACUGGGAUGAGGUGCUCAGGGACGACCCCACGACCGGAUCCUUGACCCAGACCAGGAGGGACGACCCCCAGACCGGAUCCUUGACCCAGACCAGGAGGGACGACCCCCAGACCAGGAGGGUCGCCAGACAUGAAGAGACGAGGAGAGGACGGGAUUUCCCUCUCCAGAGCCAACCUGCGAGCGGCGCUGGACGUCACCUGAACAACAGCAGCGUCUCCGCCGGCCGACUCUUCCGAAGACGUCCCGGACGUCGUCGGCUGCAGCGACGACACCCGGCGGAGAAGACGACGUAACCUCCUCAUCACGACCACCGUCAGGGACUCGGGACGUCUGGGAUCUGGGAGAGUUUCAUCUGAACUUCUGGGUCGGGGACGCUUCCAGGACAGUUUCAUGUUCCAGGACAGAUUCAUGUUCCAGGACGGUUCCAGGACGGUUCCAGGACGGCUUUGUGGUCUUUGCGUCACCAGUUCCAUCUUGAACUUGUUUGCUUUCUCAUCUUUCUGUGAAUAAUCCACUUGGGAGCGUCUUUAUCUGUCCCACUUCAUGUCCCUGAACCUUGACCCCCCGUCCCCCCCCACGAAGACCUGGUGCUACUUCCUGUCCUUAAACCCGAGGAAUGAUGUCACCAGUCACUAAUGCUGAUCACUGAUGACCCAGCUGUUUUUAAUAAAACCUUCUGAUUCAAA